AUGAACGAGUUGGAAGAAAUUAGAUUGGAUGCUUACGAGAAUGCUAAGAUUUACAAAGAAAGAACAAAGAAGUGGCACGAUAAACGCAUCUCAAGGAAGGAAUUCAAUGAAGGAGAUGUGGUGCUACUGUUUAAUUCUCGACUUAAGCUAUUCCCAGGAAAACUUCGUUCAAGAUGGUCUGGUCCAUUCGAAGUUACCAAAGUAUAUCUGAGUGGCGCUAUCGAAAUUAAAGGAAAAUCGAGCGAUAGCUUCGUUGUAAACGAGCAGCGAUUGAAACAUUACCAUAUUGUUGAAAACAAAGACUACACUGAUAGUCCUAAGCUCGUAGAGUUAAUCGUCGAGUCGUAG